UUGAGAGGAAGGGAUACCCAAUGGAUGCUGUGGCAAACCGCGUAGUCCCGCUCGGUAUCUUUACAUUGUGUUUGAUUUAGCCUUCAAGCAGAGACACCUUGAUGAAACUGCAGGAACUACGAGGACUGUUGUUGCAAUGGAGUCGACUCUCUCACGGCUCAAGCCGCGUCUGUAAACCUACAACAUCUCGUUUCAUGGCGUUUUGCAGGUGGCUCAUCUGCUCCGUGGGCUUCUCCACGUUUCCUUUCUGAAUUCUUAUUCUUGUUCUUUUUUUUUUUUUUUUUUUUUUUUUUUUCUUUUUAAGUGCACCGGGAGAAAAAUAACGACCACUGCUUGCCAAACUAUGAACGAGGAGAUGACAAAAAGCGAGGAGCAGCAUCUUAGUUUGCAGAAAGCCUUGCAGCAGUGCGAGUUGGUGCAAAAUAUGAUAGACAUAAGCAUUUCUAGUUUGGAGGGUUUACGGACCAAAUGUGCCACAUCCAACGACUUGACACAGAAGGAGAUACGAACGCUGGAGGGGAAGUUGGUGAAGUACUUCAGCCGCCAGCUGUCCUGUAAGUGCAAAGUGGCCUUAGAGGAGCGCAGUGCUGAGCUGGAGGACUUCCCUCGCCUCGGACACUGGUUCCGCAUCGUCAACCUGAGAAAGGAGGUCACACAGGAGAUGAGUCCAGGUGAGGUGACCCUUGAGGGCCUGCUGGAGCUGAGCGAGGAGCAGGUGUGUGAGCUGCUGCAGAAGUUCGGUGCCAACGAAGAGGAGUGCGCUCGACUCAACGCCUCCCUCUCCUGCCUCAGAAAGGCCCACCAGCUCGAACAACUUGAGGAGGAUAAAUUGCACAGUAACGGAGGGAGCCAAGCAAAGCAGGACUGGUCCAUCCAAUGGCCCACCUCUGAAUCGGGCAAAGAAAACACUCCAGUGUGCCAGCCAGAGGCCAGUCAAUGGAUUCGCUUCCAGCUCUCCCAAAGUCCCAAAGUCCAGUCCAAGAACAACCAGCACAUGUGCCACAGCCCCCAAGCCCUGGCCCCCCCUUUAUAUGCCGAUCGACUGACUGUCGACAGCCCCGCCACAGGGCUCUUCCCUCCCCUGGACUUUGGUCAUCGCUCCCUGCCCCCAUCUCCCCGCCAGAGGCAUUUUGGCCACACGCCUCCUCGGACUCCAUUGGUGGUCAACACAAUGACCCCACCUGGCACACCCCCUAUGCGAAGAAGGAACAAAGUCAAGGCCCCAGGAACACCACCUCCCCCAAGCCGCAAGCUCAUCCACCUGCUGCCAGGCUUCACUGCUUUGCACCGCAGCAAAUCUCACGAGUUCCAGCUGGGGAACCGCUUGGAGGAUACACAAACACCAAAAGCCAAGAAGAAGACCAAGCCCUUGAACCUUAAGAUCCACAGCAGCGUGGGCAGCUGUGAGAAUCUGCCCACGCAGCGCUCGCCCCUGUACUCUGAACGAUCCCUGCGAUCCUUCUUCUUCCCCUCCUUCAUCCCUUCCACACCUCCAGUCCACGCUGAAACACCCUCUGCAAACACUCUCUCAGUGCCUCGCUGGUCCCCACAGAUUCCCCGAAGAGAUCUGGGAAACUCAAUAAAACACAGAUUUUCCACAAAGUAUUGGAUGUCCCAGACAUGCACAGUAUGUGGAAAGGGAAUGUUGUUUGGACUGAAAUGUAAAAACUGCAAGCUGAAGUGCCACAACAAAUGCACCAAAGAAGCCCCACCUUGCCAUUUACUGAUCAUACAGCGAGGCGGACUAGAAUCCUUCAAAGAGAGGACAGUACAUAGUGAAAAUCUGGAGGGACAUCAGGCCAUAUUUAAAGACCACCAAGGAAUAACUCAAGUAGCUCGUCUGGUACGAACUGAAUCAGUGCCGUGUGACAUCAACAACCCGCUCAGGUACACAGACCUGCACAUCAGUCAGACGCUCCCCAAAACCAACAAAAUCAACAAGGAUCACAUCCCUGUCCCGUACCAGCCAGACUCCAGCAGUAACCCAUCAUCCACCACCUCCUCCACCCCGUCCUCCCCAGCUCCUCCCCUUCCAAGCAGUGCCACGCCCCCCUCACCGUUACACCCCUCCCCACAGUCAGCUCGACAACAGAAACAGUUCAACUUGACAGCAUCAAGUUACUUCAAGUACAAACAACAAUUCAUCUUCCCAGAUGUUGCACCAGAAGCUCCACCAAGCAGAGCGCCACAGGUCAUCCUGCACCCUGUCCUGUCUGAGCCAGGGAAUGAAGGAAACCCUUUACUCCAGAUUGAAGUUGAACCUACAUCAGACAAUGAGGAAUGCAAUGACGAGGACUCUGGAGACGAAUUUGAGGAGAUGAACCUGUCGCUCCUGUCUGCUCGUAACUUUCCGCGCAAAGCCAGCCAGACCAGCAUCUUCCUGCAGGAGUGGGACAUCCCAUUUGAGCAGCUGGAGAUCGGGGAGAUGAUUGGCAAGGGGCGCUUCGGCAAAGUUUUCCACGGACGCUGGCAUGGCGAGGUGGCCCUCCGCUUGAUCGACAUCGAACGUGACAAUGAGGACCAACUGAAGGCCUUCAAGAGAGAAGUGAUGGCCUACCGAAACACCCGCCACGAGAACGUGGUCCUGUUCAUGGGCGCCUGCAUGAGUCCACCACAUCUGGCCAUCAUCACCAGCUUAUGUAAAGGCCGAACACUUUAUUCUGUGGUGCGAGAUGCCAAGGUUGUGCUGGAUGUAAACAAGACCCGACAGAUCGCACAAGAGAUGGUCAAGGGGAUGGGCUACCUACACGCUAAAGGGAUCUUACACAAAGACAUGAAGUCCAAGAAUGUGUUUUACGACAACGGAAAAAUCGUCAUCACCGACUUCGGACUCUUCACCAUAUCUGGGGUUCUUCAGGCUGGCAGCCGGAGAGAAGACAAGCUGAGGAUCCCAAACGGCUGGCUGUGUCACUUGGCCCCAGAAAUCAUCCAGCAGCUCUCUCCAGAAACAGAGGAGGACAAGCUUCCCUUCUCCAAACAGUCAGAUGUCUUUGCUUUUGGCACCGUCUGGUACGAGUUACAUGCACGUGAGUGGCCUUACAAGAGUCAGCCAGCGGAGGUGAUAAUUUGGCAGAUUGGCAGUGGGAUGAAGCCCAACCUCGCCCAAACUGGAAUGGGGAAGGAAAUAUCUGACAUUCUUCUUCUGUGCUGGGCGUACAAGCAGGACGAGCGGCCCAGCUUCUCCAAGCUGGUAGAUUUACUGGAAAAAUUGCCAAAACGGAACCGUCGCCUUUCCCACCCAGGGCACUUCUGGAAGUCAGCUGAGUAUGUCAAAUGAGUUAGGGACACAAAACAGCAAACAAUCAGCAACAAGUAUAAAAACAAACAGCCGCCAUAACUCUCUUCAUAAAUAACCCACCUCCUUAAAGAAUGCACUGAAUCCAAAAGCCAGCCCAGUGAUGAAAACUGCCCGUGCUGUGUGUACUUUCAUGGAAUGUUGGCAUGUGUGUGUACAGAUAAGUUGACUGUCCAGCUUCUCAAAAGUCGGGACUCAUAUUUUCUUUGGUUUGAUUUGAACCAUACAGGAUUUUUUUUUCCUUAAUCUUUUUUUUUUUUGUCUUUUACUAUUGAACUGAACCGCUCAUAAAUAUUGGUUUACUUCCUGGAUGUACCUUGUUUGUACCUUUUCAACUGAUCACGCCAUCUUGGACUUUAGAAACACAUGUUUGAGUACAAAUGAAGAUUUUUUUUUUUCCAUGUGUUUUUUCUUUGAAUGAAUGUAAAUUUUGUAUGUCAUGCAUUGUAUAUUUCACGACAUUGUCUUGCCAUUCUUAUGUCUGUCAACUGUGGAAAAGCAUUUUUUCAGUGUUUUGUCAUUGUCUCAUGUGUGGAUGUCUGCACAGGUUCUAUGUUUGUCUAAAAAGCUUUAUUUGACUCUAAAAUGUCCUCUUAUUUACACCGUACCAUUUGAAUGUGAAGAAGCCAGCGCCCCUGUUUGUAUGGGGAUGUGACGGUGCAGUUUUGGAGGGAGAAUAUUCUCUGAUCAGCCUGUGCUUUGAAUUUUGCCUGUGAACAUAAUUAAGACAUUAGAACAAUAACUUAAGAGGGUAAAGAAGCCGCUGGUCAGACCAGGACUCCCACACUUGAUGCUGUCCUGUGAAAUUCUGACGCUUGAAAUGUAUCUUGUCAACAGAACCAACUACACAGCUACCACUGAGCCCCCUACAAAAUGCCUUUCCCCAGAAAUAACUAUAAUGUAUUUUAUUUGUCUUCAAAUAGCUAAUCAACGAGAAAGAAUAUAAUAAAAACAGAUACUAAUUUAAACGUUUUACUGUAUUUUCAGUGCAGUAAGUACAUUUAUUUACAGAGGUUAUUAUAUUCAUAAAUACACCAAAUGUUGUUGAUCAGGAAUAACAUUACGUUUUUUGAGUAAUGAACUAAAUAGUCUAAAACAAUAGUUUAGAAACUACCUAUUGCUGAUGGGUCUGAGGUCUGAGGAUGCAGAAAAUCGGAUGCAGAAAGUAAAAAGGAGGUUUACAGAUUUAGAGCUCUAUAAUGAUGUGACUGUUAGACACAUAAAAGGAGGGCAUUCAAUAUGUUCUUAGAAACCUAAGAUUUCAGUUUUAUUUUGGGCUCUUUUCAUUUCUUCAUAGUUGCUCAAAGGCAGUGUUGUAGUCUCUUUGAAUAGUAAGUCUUAAUGCAUCCUCCUUUUAUUUCAAAUAUUUUAUUUCUUUUCCAUUUAUGUUACUUUAAUGCCAUUUUCAUUUUUGUUUUAUGCAGAUUAAGAUCUAAAAAGCCUCAUUGAUAGCUUAUACAAGCUAUAUAAAGGUGUGUGAGAAAGUAAUGCACAUUUAAUUUGAGAGACAGCUAGAUUUUUUUCAAGUUAGAGCUAAUUACAGCAGGAUUGCUGAGGGUAAAUCUGUUUUGCAUUUAGCUAAAUGUCAAGCUAUGUACUGUACAGUACGAGUCGCACACAUGAAGAACAGUCAAAAAGAACCAGAAUACUGGCUCAGAAAUAUUCCUUCCACAGCAUAUAAGCUUAGUUCCAGUAAAUAAGAAUUGCUGUGGUACUGAAUUGAGAAGUGCAACAUUAUAGUAUGUGUGGCUCGUAGUCUUACUGAAUAUUUCAAGAUCAUAUCAUCACUUCAAGUUUAUUUAAACAGAGGACAACAGUCUGAGCUGUACUAUACAGAGUCUGUGCACGUAGUGAGCUAGCCACAGAAUAGACCGUUGUAGAAAAAGUUUUUUUUUUAGGCUGAACAACCGUAGAGAACGGUGUAAAACGUGAUGAGCAGUUAAGAAAAAUGUGUCAUGUCCUCUCACAUCAGUAAUAAAAAAACAAUUUGUCUGAUGUUUGGAGUUAUACUUAUCAUUAGCAAUUGCAACAAUUUGAGCAAAACAUUAUCACUUUCUCCUUGCACAUAUCCAGCUUUGUUUUUUAAUCAUUUCUAAACAUAUAUGUAUAUAUAUAUAUAAAAAAAACAGGUCUUGUUAUAACUGAGCUGCUCGACUACAACACUGCUGAAAGGGCGACUGUGGAAGACAAAUGAAUCGUUUUAAAAAUCAAGAAAUAAUUUAUGAACACACAUGACAUGUAAUGUGACUUUUCUUGGAUUAUAAAGUUAAAGUAACAACUAAGUAACUUUAAUCUGGCUGAACUUUCCCUUUAACAUAUCAGAAUAAACAUAUCAGGAUGCUAAAGACCACCCCCCCAUACCAUUUUUCUACUUCAUACUGUAUAUCAUAGUAUAUUUUAAAUGUCAUGUUUUUUAGAUAUUGCAAAUGUAAGCUAUAUCAUCAUGAAUUGGAAGCUGUGGCGUCAUUCAAGCUGUAUACUGCUUUUGAUUCUCUCUAGCCACGUGGAAUAGAUAGAGACAAUCCAAUCAUGUUAAAAUAGCCAUUUUCCACCUCAUUAUAUACACAUCUGUGUGUUGGAAAAUGCAUACAAACAAUCUGCUGCUGAUUUUUGGAGUCUGUCUGUCUAUUUUGGAAUUGCUGGGACUCAAAUAUUGUAAGUGGGUCAUUUAUAUUUGUACUGUUUACAACUUUCAAGUGCAUGAGAUGGACUAUCAAAGAUUGAGUCUUGUAUUGAAAAAAAAAUAGUCCUUCUACACUAUAUAUAAUAAGUAUGUGAGCAUUUUUUUUUCUGAUGAACUGUUGUCCAUUGAGCAGUUUGAUCUCAAUAUCAACUGAAGUUUUUUUCGUCAGGCUUUGCAAAACUUUUCAACGGCUUUGUUUGAGAGAAUGAUUGUUUCAGAAUAUUUAUAGAUUAUAUAAUGAUUAGACUAGCAUUUAAAUUUAAAAAAAAGAAAAGAAGAGUUGCAACCUGUGCACAUUAUAGAUUUGACAACAACCUGACUGGACAACAAUCAAAGAUCUUACAUUUAGUGCCAAGUGUACAUAACCGAUUGUAGACUAUGUUUUACCGUCAUUUGCCGUAAUAUCAAUAUUCCUUGUGAGAUUUUUUGACUUCUUUCUUUUGAAUGUACAAAUUGUGUUGUGUUACUUUAUUUUUGUUUGUUAUUUGUUUUCUGUUCUUUUGAGUUCUCUUUUUCUCCAUUUUUCCUUCUUAUUGCAUAGGCAUUGAUGCUGUGUUGUUUCUUUUUCUUGAUUCCGUCCUUGUAUUGUAGAUGAUAGCUCCGAAAAGCUUGUAUUUAAUGAUGCCUUAUGGUCCAUGGCUUAGUGAUGAGUAGAUUUUUGAUCACAAGCUCUUUUAUUUGCACUCAUCCUUUAAAAAGUGUAUGAAAAAUAAAAAGAUGUUUUCAUUUG